ACAGAGGUGAUGCAACCGGAGAAAGAGCAGGAAAGACGUGACAGCAGAGCUACUGAAAAACGUGCCAGACUUGAGAGCUGUAGGGGAUUUCAGCCAUGCGGGGGUCCUGCUUCCACACUGUAUAAAUGAGGAGGUGCUGGUCACUCAUCCAGCACUGGAGUCCUCUCUCCUGUCCUCAGCUCCAUCUCUCUGGGUGAAAUCUCUUCUGCUAGAAUGAGGACUCUGUCUGCUCUGCUGAUGGUGCUGCUGCUCUGCUCUCUCCAGCAGGUCUACUGCAGUGGUACUCAAGGCGCCAACACCCCAGUAGAGUGCUGUUAUGGGUUCACGUACAGAAAGAUCCCCUUGUGGCGCAUCACAUCCUACAGAUGGACCAGAACAGACUGUUCCAAAAAAGCUGUUGUCUUCCGCACGGUUAUUGGAAAGGAUUGGUGUGUGGAUCCUGAAGUCACCUGGGUUAAAGAAUACAUGAAGCUAAAACUGCAAAGCUGACCAAAUUGACCACAGGAAGACUAUUUAAUACAGUAGAACGUCUGUAUACAUGCACUCUGUACAUAUGUACAUAUCACUGUGUGAAAACAUGUAAUUUAUUUGAAACAUUGUAUCGUGUGUAUUUCUCUUAUUUCAAUAAACAUUCUUUUCCCUCCAAAAGUCCUACUUGUCAUACUU